GUUUACUUUUAAAACUAAAGGCUACAGCCUCAACAAAUCCAUUACCAAUUACUAAAUUAGUUCUUCGUUCCUCUUCUUUUCGUUCGAUCUCUGGCACUUACUCUCAAUUCAAUAUCAUUAUGCCAGAGAUCGAACACCAUGUUCCCGAUAAUGCUCUCUUCGGCAAAUACGACCUCGGUCGCCUCCUCGGCUGCGGCGCCUUCGCUAAAGUUUACCACGCCCGCGACGUCCGUACCAGCCAAAGUGUCGCCAUCAAAAUUAUCAACAAGAAAAAGCUCUCCAAUUCCAACUUGGCUUCAAAUAUCAAGCGUGAGAUCUCCAUCAUGCGGCGGUUGAACCACCCUAAUAUCGUUAAGCUUUACGAAGUUUUAGCCACCAAAACAAAAAUUUACUUCGUCAUGGAGUUCGUUAAGGGCGGCGAAUUGUUCGCCAAGGUUGCCAAAGGGAGGUUCACUGAAGAUCUCAGCCGUAAAUAUUUCCAGCAGUUGAUCUCAGCCGUCGGAUAUUGUCAUUCUCAUGGAGUUUUUCACCGUGAUUUGAAGCCGGAAAAUUUAUUAGUGGACGAGAAUGGAAAUUUAAAGGUUUCGGAUUUCGGUCUCAGUGCGGUAACGGAUCAGAUCAAACCCGACGGGUUGUUACACACGCUUUGUGGGACCCCUGCUUAUGUGGCACCGGAGAUUUUGACGAAGAAAGGUUACGAUGGAGCUAAGGUGGAUGUGUGGUCAUGCGGCGUCAUUCUGUUCGUUUUAACGGCGGGUUACUUGCCGUUUAACGACCCAAAUCUUAUGGCCAUGUAUAAAAAAAUUUAUAAAGGCGAGUUCCGGUAUCCGAAGUGGAUGUCUAACGAUCUUAAACGGUUUUUAUCACGGCUUCUUGAUACAAACCCUGAUACCAGGAUCACCAUUGAUCAGAUUAUUAAUGAUUCUUGGUUCAAAAAGGGUGGAAUCAAACGGUUAAAAUUCCAUAAUGAUGAUGACGACGAAAUUAAGUUUGAUAAAGAAGAGCCUGAAGUGAAGAGCUUGAAUGCUUUCGAUAUAAUAUCCUUUUCAUCCGGUUUAGACUUGUCCGGUUUGUUCAACGGGCCCGAUAAUUCGGGUGGUAUCGGGGAACGUUUUGUUUCGCGCGAGAUGCCGGAGAAAUUGAUAGAGAAAGUGGAGGGCUUUGCAAAGGUUGAGAAAUUGAGGGUGAAAAGGAGAAAAGAAUGGGGGGUUGAGAUGGAGGGGCAAAAGGGAAAUUUACAAGUUCGGAUUGAGGUUUACCAGUUAACGGAGGAGCUGGUGGUGGUGGAGGUUAGGAGAAGUGGUGGUGACGCGGCGUGUUUCAAUAAUGUUUGGAAGGACAAACUCAGGCCGCAGCUUGUGAGUCAACCAGGGGUUGAAGUUUCCGGUAAUUAAAAUUUAAAAGGGAUGACAUAGACGAAGAAAGAAGUUGGUGGAGUUUUCUGUGAUUUACCAUGGUUCUUAGGACAAAAAAAAAAAACAAAAUAGUGUAAAUUAUUACUGUAAUUAUAUAUAUAGUAAUAAUUUAAACUAUUUUGUUUUUUUUAUCCUAAGAACCAUGGUUGUAAUUUGUAUUUUAAAUAAAAAUUGUUGAGGCAAACCGGCAAGUAAACCGGUUCGAAAUUCAGAGAAUUAAAAUUUGAGUAGGAAUUUGAUGUUGUAAUUUUAUUUUAUUUUAAUUUUGUAAUUAAAUAAGGGCACUUACAACAAAGGAUGGAUAAAUUAAAUAAUCCUUGCGUAUUUGUUCUUAUUGUAGUGUUAUUGCUUGUUUAAAUCUUUGUUUUUU